ACUAACGUAUUUACUUCCUCAACCAUGUCAAAGUCAGAGCUGGAAGUUCGAAUCGCUUCACAAUGCUCGAACAACGAACAAUCUCAUUCCGAUGUGGAUACUUGUCGACAUUUGCUAACCUUUCAAGAAGUGCAAGCUUUAGUGAAUCGUGCGAUAGGUAACGAUGCAGCGGUGCAAAAGUUCUUCCUGGGAUCGUAUUCUGACAAGAAGAUUGGAUUUCUUGGAUCACACCAGAGACUUAGCGUGGAAAUUAAAACACCAAAUAAAAAAGAUAUAAAUAUUCUGUCAUUCUUCGUUAAAGUCGUGCCGUACGAUCUACCGGCCCAAGCUGAAUACGUGCUCGACAAAUGUGCCUUUUUGAAGGAGAAUAUCUUCUAUCAUGAUAUAUUUCCUCAGCUUUGUCACGAGUACAAGGGCGAACCGUGGACAGCAACUUGUUUCUUGUCCAAAGAUAAUUUGUUGGUAUUCGAAGACCUAGGUGCUAAAGGCUACUCGUUGAGGAAUAAGUUGUUUGACAAGGAGCUUAUUGAAUCCGCUUUAACGACCAUCGCUAAAUUACACGCAUGCUCUUUAUUGGCGGAGGCACGUCUUGGAAAGUCCUUGAAGGAAAUGUAUCCAUGUGCCUUUGUCGAGAAUGCCUUUUCUAAAACUGGUAAAACUAGAACGUGGUUCGAAGUAAGCGUGAAUGCCAUCGUUGCCGUGGCCAAACAUCUUGGUCUGAAUGCUGAUCUCGUGCCAAAGGCUUGCGAAGAAGUAUACGCCGCCUUGGAAAUGUCAACUACGAAGAGAAACGUUGUUAGUCAUGGAGAUCUAUGGGGGAAUAAUUUCAUGUUCAGCAAUACCGCUCCUCCUAAGUGUUCGUUGAUAGAUUUUCAAUUAUUCAGGUAUUCCCCUCUGGCGCACGAUGUGAUACAGUUGCUAUAUCUUUGCGCUGAUCGUGAUUUUAGAGAAAAAUGGGAGGAGACCAUGCUGAGGCAUUACUAUAGCGUGUUGCGUGAAGUAUUGAAUUCGGCGGAAUCAGUUUCUGUACAAGUUCCAUCAUGGUCAGAGUUAAUUGCGGGAAUGGAAGAGCAGAGAUUAGCUGCUGUGAUCACUGCGUGUACGUAUUUUCAGAUUACACUGAUGGAUGAGAAAAUAGGUGCGGAAAUUAUGAAUGAUCCCGACAGUUAUCACGAGUUUGAAUUUAAAAAUAGAAACGAAACGUUGAUUGAAAUAAUGAAAAUCGAUCCGGUGUAUAGAAAACGACUGUCGGAGACUGUUACUGAAUUAGUCGAGUUCAGUUUUCGACUUGACAAAAUACCAAAACCAACGUAAAGUUAGAAAAUUUCUUAUUUAAAUAGC